AUGUCGUACUACCCUUACCCUUACAACUUUUGCGGCUGUUGGUUCCCAGUGCAAAAUGCUGUCAACUACACUGUUGAGAGGAGAUAUCUUCGACAAGUUGAACUCUCGUCCUCCACAAAUAUCCUUGCAACUACAUCCCGGACGACCCUCAAACAGACCUUUGUCAACACCGAAGAGAAGAAGCUUGAGGAAGUCCAGUACACCUUUCCGUUGUAUGAUGGCGUAAGUGUUGUCAGCUUCACCUGCACCGUUGGCCCAAAGACCAUUGUUGGCGUGGUCAAGGAGAAACAACAGGCCCGAGAGGAAUAUCAGGAGGCUGUCUCUCGGGGUGAAACCGCUGGCCUUCUUGAACAGUUACCAGAAGCCUCUGACGUCUUCACCACAUCAAUUGGAAAUGUCCCUCCCAGAGAGGAAGUUCAUGUCGAGAUUGUAUAUCUUGGUGAACUCAAGCAUGAUGCGGAAACUGAUGGUUCUCGAUUCACCGUUCCCACCAUAAUUGCCCCUCGUUAUGGCUCAGUCUCGAGCGAUUCAGCAGAUAGGCUUUCGAGUACAAAUGCUGUCAACAAAGGCGGCAUUUCAAUCUUGGUUGAUGUCACACUUGAGGAAGGCUCUAUUGUCCGUGGCCUACAAUCUCCCAGUCAUCCGAUCGCCGUCACCAUGGGUAGGACUUCAGCCAUGAAUGAAGACGCGUUCAACAACAAUCACGCAUCGGCCACCCUAACCCUGGGCACCACCGAACUCGACAAAGAUUUUAUCAUCGUUGUUCUUGCCAAAGGAAAUGAGAUUCCACGUGCACUUCUCGAAACCCACCCCAACAUUCCCAAUCAACGUGCCAUCAUGACCACCCUCAUACCCAAGUUUAACAUUCCCAAUAUAUCCCCUGAAGUGGUCUUUGUCGUGGAUCGAAGUGGUAGUAUGAAUGGAAAGAUGGAAUUGGUGGUCUCCGCCAUGAAGAUUUUUUUGAAAUCAUUGCCCGUUGGCGUCAAAUUCAACAUCUGUUCCUUCGGCUCACGUUACUCCUUCCUCUUCAAGAAGAGCAAAACUUACGAUCAGUCAAGUUUGAAGGAAGCUCUGAAGCAUCUCGAUACAUUCUCGGCAAAUUAUGGUGGUACGGAAAUGCUUAACCCGGUCAAAGAAACUGUGAAAAGCCGCUACAAGGAUCUCCCCCUCGAAGUCAUGCUCCUUACAGACGGCGAAAUCUGGAAUCAGAAUGAAUUGUUCAGCUUUGUGAAUGAAACGAAGAAUGCUCGCUUUUUCACCCUUGGUAUUGGCCAUGGAGCAUCCUCCGCAUUGGUCGAAGGCAUUGCUCGUGCAGGUAAUGGCUUUUCGCAAUUUGUCGGCGAAAACGAGAAAAUGGAAAAGCGCGUCGUUCGAAUGUUGAAAGGGGCAUUGACGCCACACGUCACCGAUUAUACAAUCCGUGUCACAUACGGAGAAGAGGAACCAACUCCUGGUGACGAUGACUUUGAAAUAGUUGACGACGUCGAAGAGACAACAGAAGAAGUAGUGACUGACCUCAAGAAGCCAGAGGGCAAGAAGCCGAUAUCACUCUUCGAUGCAAACGCCAGUGAAGAACCGACCAAUCCUCCAGCAGGACGAUACGAUAAUCUGCCCACCAUUCCCGUUCCUAAAGUUCUUCAGGCACCUCAUCAAAUCCCCGCUUUAUUCCCUUUCAAUCGCACCACCGUCUACCUCCUCCUUGGGUCAGAAGCGCCCCGAAGAACUCCUAAGUCUGUUACCCUACGAGGCACAAGCGAGCACGGUCCUUUGGAACUCGAAAUCCCUGUCCAGGAUGUCGGUCUCGGCGAAACAAUUCACCAACUCGCGGCGAAGAAAGCAGUUCACGAACUCGAACAAGGUCGAGGCUGGCUUACUGAAGCCCGCAAUAGACAGAACAAGCCUCUGAAAUCUGCACACGAAGGAAAAUGGGAUCUUAUCGUUGAGCGUGAGGCCGUUCGAUUGGGCGUUCUCUUUCAAAUCGGAGGAAAAUGGUGUUCAUUUGUGGCUGUUGAGAAGAAUGCUCCAGGUGAUGAUGAAACAUUACCGGCUUAUUCUCAGACAGCAGGUCAGGGUGCAGAUUUUGCAGGUGGCUCUGAGCCACAUCUUGGAUCAAGUAAGUCCUCUUCUGCCUUGGGAUCCACCACAGCUGCACCUUUCCCUCCGUGUGGAAAGUCUCAGGGCUGGCAGAACUUCCUUUUCGCUAGUAAGACCCAAGUCAAUUGUCGUCAUGUGAAUUCGUUUGGCUCGGUCCAGUCAACUGGCGGUGGGCUUUUUGGGAACACUAAUAAGGCCGCAAGCACAGGUCAAUCCGGAGGCCUUUUUAGUGGUGGUGGGCUAUUUGGAAACAAUUUUCCCCAUCAAAUCACUGCUCCGCCUAAGGAAGUCUUUGGGACUACUCCUGCAUCAGGUGGUACCAAGCAUUCCGGCGCGCUCUUUGGGAGCUCUUCCACCUCCACCAUGAACGGAGCUGGGUGCGCUCUGUUCGGAACCAGUGCUUCUGGGUUUGGGCCCAAAAGUGGAGCAUCAUCAAGUAGGCUCUUUGGAGAUAGUGCAGCGUCUUGCUUUGGAAGUGGAAAUACUUCUCAUAGCACAGCCGACCCCGCUACUCAAUCAUUUGGCUUCUUUGGGACAUCCUCCCUUUUUGGACAUUCCUCUCCAUUAGGCGCUAGAAGCCCUGCCGGUGGAUUGUUUGGAAAUGCUUCUGCUAGUGUUUCCUCCGCCUCUGAUGCUGAACCCAAUGCUUCAAAUGCUCCCAACCCUGAACGAGCCCUUGUUUGCCUUCAACCUUCUUCUUCCGAAGAGUCUCCUUCCUCUCCUUUUUCAGACUAUCCAGCUGACUCCGCCCUUGCAGGAGAGCUUCACUGUGUCACACCCCCCGGUGGCCGACGCGGAGGCUUUGGAUCCGCUCCACGCCCCAUGUUGGCUCAGCCUGCUCCCUCCCCGGUCCCGGCACAGGCUCUAGGCAUGUCCUACGGGCCCGCGCUUGGAGCAGCGCCGCGACAGCAAAUGAUGGCACAGUCACUCAACUGCAGCCUGGAUGCGGUCGCACCACAACCUCGCCUCGCAGCCCGUCGUCGGCGGUCGCCAAUGUCUACUAUGUUCGCCGCUAUGUCGCCAAAGGCAGAGUCGGAGAAAUUGAAAAAAGGUCCUGCCAUGAGCCGCCUCGGUUUCGCUGCUCCGCUGGCUAAGAGACUCGCGCCGUCCUCCAAGCGGGCAGACUUCCCGCAGUCAGACGUAGAUGGUGAUGAUGAUGCCAUCGCGUUCUCAUCAGAUAAGAUGGAAUUCGACAAAUUAUCCCUAGACGCCACGUCCAAUGAGGGAGUGGAUGUCGACACUUCAUCCCUCUCCGACGUAGGAAAGAUGUACAAGAUCAUCGACUUGCAAUCCUUCGACGGCUCAUGGUCACUCUCUAACAAGUUACUCCAACUCUUCGGUCUCAGCCAGGAUCAGGUUCAGAAUCUGUUGAGCGGUGCAGGUGAUGACGAGAGCGUCAGAGCUACGGCAUUGGGUAUCGCCUGGUUGAAGAUUAAAGUCCCCGCCGAGAAAGACGUGUGGGAAAUGGUCGUCGACAAAGCAGAGGGAUGGAUACAAGCGAAGAUUGGUAGUGACAAAGCGAAGGAGGUGAUUGAGGCUGCGGUCAAGAUUUGUUGA